AUGGCAUCCGCCCAGGAGGAGAAUCCGGUUCCAGAGACCAAAGUACUUGCAGUAGCCAGUCAUGUGUCCUACGGAUUUGUGGGAAAUACAAUGGCCACAUUCGUCAUGCAGUCCCUGGGCUGCGAAGUAGCGGGCAUUAAUACAGUGCAUUACAGUAACCAUACCGGAUAUCGUCAAGUAAAAGGAACAAAAACUACUGCAGAGGAGGUCCGCACACUCUACGAUGGAUUGACUCAGAGCUAUCUCACUGAUUUCGAUGUACUGCUCUCCGGCUACGCUCCGACUGCAGCAGUUGUCGAGGCAGUGGGUGAUAUUGCUCAAGAUUUGAAACGCAGAGCAGAAGGAAAGCCCGGGUCCUUUUUCUGGAUUCUUGAUCCCGUUAUGGGUGAUCUGGGCCGCUUGUACGUGGCGGAGGAUGUUGUCCCAGCAUAUAAGAAGGCUAUACAUCAUGCUGAUCUGAUAUUACCAAACCAGUUCGAAACCGAAAUAUUAUCUGGAAUCAAGAUAUCCAACACCACCGAUCUUGCCAACGCCAUAACCUCAAUUCACAAGACAUAUGGUGUUCCUCACAUUAUCGUCACAUCAGUACAGCUCUCAAGUCUGGGAUCAUCAACACCAUCAGGUUUAAUGACCGUCAUUGGCUCCACGGUUCGCUCGGACGGUUCUCCGCGACUAUUCCGUGUGGACAUUCCAGCUCUUGAAUGUAAUUUCAACGGCACAGGCGACAUGUUUGCCGCUUUGACAGUGGCACGUCUCCGCGAAGCAGUCUACGCCACUGGGCCAACCCUCAGAAAUACAAAGUCCUGGGUAUCACCGGACGAUGUAUCCCCAACAGAGCUACCCCUGGCGAAAUCUACUGAAAAAGUGCUUUCUAGCAUGCACGCAAUUUUAUUAAAGACCAUGGAAGCUCGAGAAGUAGAGCUUGCUGCAACGGCCAACACAAUUGAUCCCACUGGUCUGACAGAGGAGCAAUUUCAAGUCCGAGAGCAUCUGCGGCGAACAAAGGCCGCGGAGGUGAGGGUGAUUCGGCAUGCGGAUUACCUGCGCAAUCCGACAAGCAUGUUCAAGGCGCAAGCAUGGGCGGAAUAG